UACCAUGGGACUUAAUAACGAUAAUUUAUCGUUAAAAAAAGCAUGUAAUGCUUUUAAAAAGCUAAAAAGCCGUGUGCAUGAUCCUUAACGUUCUUAAGAUUUCCUGCAACCACAAGCGAAGAAUCGUACAAAGGAACCACUCGAAGGCACCUGCAAAAUAAACACGUGAAGGAAGCAGGUUGGCCGAUUCAUUGUGAAAAAACUUUUACCGACUGAACGAACAUUCAAGAUACUACCAUAACCUACACUCGAAUCUUCCCUCGACCAUGUUGACAUUUCUCGCAGCCGUGAGAAAUAAAAUCAAUAAUACUCUGACGGCGACAACAUGGCAAGAAUUAUCAGUCGUCAGUCAUUUUCUCGUCAAUUUAUCGCUUUAGUUUGUCUUUUAUUUUCCAUUGUUAUUUUUAUUAUKGCUUUGUCAAGAUAUCGUAGCACGUUGUCAGUAAACGACAACUUUCUAUCUUCGUCAGCACUGAACUCGGAAUCAAAACCUUUCGGAGUUUCAUCUUUAAGCUCGUCCCAAGUGAUUUAUCUAGAUAAAAAUGGAUACAGAGUUGCCCUCAACUCAGACGACGUUGUAGACUUCAUUGAAGAUAAAAAUCUCAAAGAUGUCGAGACGGAAAGCGUGCAAAGUUCUGCCACAAUUCCCAGUACCUGGUCCUCCAACAUGGCCGACACAAAUAUGAAUAACUAUGACGUCAAGCGCGAGGAAAACGAAGCCGAAAGAGACGAGACUAUUGACUAUAAUUUCGCUUUAGCAGAUGUAGAGGAUAACUUGAAGCGGCACACAGUACCGAAACGACCAGUAUGUAGUUAUAACCAGCCCACAAAGAGCAUCACCCAGUUGAAGACGCAUCGAACUGGAAGCAGCACUCUAGCGAACAUCAUUUAUCGAUAUGGAGACUUGAAUCAACUUGACGUUGCUUUGCCUAAAGAGAGUAGCUAUGAAUACUACUGGCCUGUUAGAUUUAGUCCUAGUUUUGUGGAUAAACAAUACGUGAAUAGUUCUAAGCCUCACAUGCUGGUAAAUGCACAGUUUGAUAACAACUCGAUGAGGAAUCUAAUGGGCAAGGAAACCUUCGUCAUCACUAUUUUGCGCGAUCCCAUCAGCCACUUCGAGUCAUCAUUCUACGUUAGUGGACUAGACUACCUUUUUGGCUUAGAGAACUCUUCAAAUCCAUUGCAGGAAUUUCUUGCAAAUGCUCAAAAGUAUAUGACAGACUAUCUAAAGAAGGAAUCCAGAGUAGACAUACGUCUGAAUCAUGCGGUCAAUGGUCAGAUAUUCGAUCUUGGUCUCAAGCGCAUCCACUUUUCGGACCAAGAAGUCAUAAACAACRCAAUAGAGGAACUGAAUGAAGCAAUAGAUUUAGUUCUCAUUGCUGAAUACAUGGAUGAAUCACUUGYUCUACUGAAGAGAGCCCUUUGUUGGGACAUUGAUGACAUGGUGUAUUUUAAACAACACACAAGGUCAAACGAAUACAAGGAUUUGAAUAUCACUUCCAAAAUGAAGGAACAAAUUACUGAAUGGAAUUCAGCCGACGUUUCUCUCUACAAAUAUUUCAACAAUUCUUUAUGGAAAAAUAUCGAAGCACAGGACAACAGCUUCUUUGAUGAAGUGAAAGAACUAAAGUUAAGGAGACAGAAUCUUGAACGAGAAUGCAUUGAUUCUACAUCCAUAGACACAGAAACAGGGGAAAUGCGGUUCAAAUUAGUAAAAGAUUUGCCUACAAUAAAUAAAUAUCUUUGCGACAAGAUGAAUAUGGGAGAGACGGAAUAUAUCGCCUAUCUAAAAGAAAAGGCUAGAAUAAGAUUCCAAGACGCGGACAGACUUACUAGUAAGCAGUUUGAAGAGCUUGAGAAUCGCGCACUUGGUAAUUCGACUAUCUUGUGAGGGGGAUAGAUAUGAAUGAAGUCUUCUGUAUUCAACCUUCUACACUUAUCAAUAAUUAUAUCAAGUCCGCCAUUGCGUAAUCGGCUGGCGACGCAAAUGUGGACAUCCUAGUCUCUCGUAGGAAUCUAUUCUACAGGCACAGAAAACAGUUGCCAUUCAAUAACAGUCAUAAAUCCGCUCAUUACAGACUUCUUAAAUAACUUGAAAGAACUUAUUUAUAAAACACUCGGUGAAGAUGUUAUAACACAAAACAAAAUGCGCAAAUUGUCACGCAACGUUGUUGYAAUGCAUGUAAUUUGCACAGAGAAUGCUGCAUAAGCAAAAAAAAUUCUUCGUUGCGCGCGCAGUGGAAGAUCUCCAUUCUUUACACAAUCAAUUGCUGCAAAAGAGAGCAGAUAUAGGUUGCGCACAGCGUGAAAAUAGAAGCGGGAUUUGUUUACUGACUUUAAUUCGAGCACGUGCGUGACAAGUUGCAUUUGUUGCCCGUAGGCCUACGUUGCUUGAAACCGACAACUCAACCUUUACAUCCAUUUACGAUAUUUUCAAAACAUGGGAUAAAAGAAUGAAAUGAAUGCAUUUUUUGUAUCAAAACUUACCGGAUUUUUUUAUUUAUUUAGUAUUUGGAAUAUAUUUAUUUAUGAAAUAAAUAUUUGGUUAGCUAACCUUUUUAGUAGAAAACAAAUACAAAAUAAAUAAAUAAAACGAAUGAAAUAAUUAAGAAAAGAGGAGAGUAGUAGGGAAAUGAGAGUUCACCAACAAAGGACCUAUUGUUCUUUUGGGACCGGACCCAUUUUUAGGGUAGGGGGAGGGGUGAUCUACAUCCAACCAUCAUGGGAAGACCGGCCGGCCGCCCGAGUAGAGGUUCUGAUCGAAAUCGGGGCCUGGAAAGGUUUGGGGAAGGUGUUUUAAAACACAAUUCAAAAUCCUUUGUUUAAAAAACGAAGUUUUGAAUUAAUGAGCUGAACUCUUUUGUUAGAAUGACAUGUUUAAUUAGCAGACUUAAAUAAGAAGCUGUACUCAUGGACAUGAUACGAGACGUUUGUACAAAUCUCGUCAAACUGGUCGAAGUGCCAAUGUCCAGAGAAUGGGAAGCUUUUCUUUUUAACUUACCAAAUAUGAACUCUAGUGUGGCAAUGAUGAYAGCAAGUGAUAUGUCCUUCCCUGAGAGAUACGAGAGACCAAUUGUAAACUUCGUCAACGAUAUGUGUGAUGUGAAGGAAAAUGAUGGUCAUGAGUUAUCAUCAGAAAUAUUUAACGAGUUUGUAAUUGCCAUUUUAAAUUGAAUAAWUUCAGGGUUUCUUUUUA